AUGCUUUUUUUUCUUCUUCCUUUUUUAAUUUAACCCAUUAUUUUAUUUUAUUUUGAAUUUUUGCUUUUAUUAUUAAUUAAUCAAUUUUAUUAUUUCAUAUUUUUUCUUCAUAUUUUCCUUCUCUUUAAUUAAUUAAAAUUUACACUAAUUUAUAAAAAAGUAAUAAUAAAAUCAAUCAAACAUCCAAAGUAAAAAGCAAGUAUCUUAAAUCUAAAAGAUUGGUUGUCUUUGAAUUAACACUCUGAUGAUAAAAAAGUGGCUAAAAAAGGAUAAAUAAAAAUUAAAUGUUUGAAUAAUUAAAUAUAAUAUGUUUUAUUAAAUAAUAUAUUGAAAAAUAUUUUCAACCUAAAACAUAUAAAUUAGAUAUAUAAUUAUAUAGAUUUUUUUAUUGUUUUUAUAUUUAUAUAUAGAAUAUUUUUUAAGUUAACAAAUAGAUUAUAAAAAAUAAAAAAAUUUAAAAAUUAAAUUGAUUUUAAUAAAUUAAUACCUCUUAAGCCAGACAGACCCAGACUUCGGUUUAACCAAAAAAGAACAAAGCUUUUUAAAAUUGUUGGUGUCGUAUUUUAUUUUAUUAAAUUAAAUAAAUGCCAAGCUUUUAUAGCUAAAAUCAAAUUAAAAUAGUAAAAUUUACUUAAAUAAUUUUUUAAAAGCUUUUAAAAAUAAAUCUCAACCAACAAAGAUUUAGAUUGA